UCUUUAUUACUUUUUUAAUCUGUGCACAAGGUCUUCACGUAAAUCAUAAUUGCUCGUAUUAUUAAAAUGCGAUUCGGAAUUAAGGCAUAUCAAAGCAAUUUCGGUCUCCUUACUGAGCAGACAUACCAACGAAAGUCUCAAGAUGAAGUCGUAUUUACAAAAUUUACUCCUAUUAAUGUUCUUUGCAACAUUUCCAACGUUGCAUUGUCAAACGUGCUCGGAUUGUUCAUUGACCGACGGAGUAUAUGCAUGUGUGGAUGAGUUUUCUUACGGCAUCUGUUUCAAUCUUGGAGCUGUUGAUACUAACACAAUUCGAUCAUGUGGAGAUGGCUAUUACUGCAAUGUUGACGGCUCGUUUUGUUCUCCCCAGGAAUCCUCUACCCCAUCAUGUGAAACUUCUUCUUCAACUGCAGCUGUGUCCACCUGUUCAGAUUGUUCGCUGACCGAUGGUGUCUAUGCCUGCAUGGAUGAAUUUAGCUAUGGAGUCUGUUACAAUCUCGGCUUUGUCGAUCCAAACGCCAUUCGAUCAUGUGAUGAUGGCUUUUACUGCAAUGUGGAUGGCACAUUUUGCUCACCCCGCGAUACAUCUUCCCCAUCGUGUGUAUCGUCAACAACUCCAGAACCUACUACAGUAUCGACAACAGGUAAACCUACUGGAUCGACUACAGUUUUACCACCUGCUUCUACUAUCACACAGUCUCCAGAAUCUUCAACCACAGUUUCACCCCCUGAGUUUUCCACUGCGCAGUCUCCAGAACCUUCAACCACAGUUUCACCCCCUGAGUCNNCUACAGUUUCACCCCCUGAGUCUUCCACUGCACAGUCUCCAGAACCUUCAACCACAGUUUCACCCCCUGAGUCUUCCACUGCGCAGUCUCCAGAACCUUCAACUACAGUUUCACCCCCUGAGUCUUCCACUGCGCAGUCUCCAGAACCUUCAACUACAGUAUCUCCUCCUGAAUCCUCAACCGAUCAGCCUCCAGAAUCCUCAACCACAGUUUCACCUCCAGAUUCUUCCACUGCGCCGUCCCCAGAACCUUCAACCACAGUUCUUCCUCCUGAAUCCUCGACCGCGCAGUCUCCAGAACCUUCAACAACAAUUUCGCCGCCUGAUUCGUCAACCGCGCAGUCUCCAGAGCCUUCAACAACAGUUUCACACCCCGAUUCCUCGACAGCACCGUCUUCCGGGUCCACGCAGGAGUCGAGCUCAGAGCCCACAAGUACAGAGGUGCCAGAAUUCAAUGCCGAUGCAUACUGUUUGAGUCUCAACAAAGAAGGAUAUUUUAGGGUCCCGAGUGAUCCCACCUGCAAAGAUUAUGUGAACUGUUACAAAUUGUCGGGAGAUACCCUGGGUUGGCUUUUUCAUUGCAACACUGACGAAUAUUUUAACUCGGAGACAAGUCAGUGUGAAACUGAGCGACCUGCUGACUGCUGACACAUUGAAUUUUAUUUAACUUUCGCAAGCAUGA